AUGGCCCAAUCCAAAGUCCCGAAAUGGUCGCACGCAUGGCAUCUCCUCCGCAUAGCACUCUCAUUCACCCUCAUAUUCCUCGACAAUACCAUCCUCAUCCUAGCCGCAUCGCUAGCAUACCUGCGUCUCAAUCGACGCCGCCCAAAACGCAAUGUGCGCUUCUACCCCAAAACAAUCCUCAUCACAGGCAUCGGCACCACGUACGGUUUGAGUCUGGCGAGAGCUUGGGCCGCAGAAGGGCACCGCGUCGUCGGUGCCGAUGUCACUGAUCUAGACUUGCCCAUUCGGUCUGGAGGAAGUAUGUCGAAAGCGCUGGUUACUUUCUACCGCAUUCCGAAAGAUCAUUACAUCUCCCGCUUGUUGGAUGUCAUCAAUCGCGAAAAAGUAGACAUGUGGAUCCCGUGCUCGCCUAAGGCGUCAUCGAUCGAAGACGCAACGGCUCGGCAAAUGGUGGAGAGUCGAACGAGUUGUAAAUGCAUUACUUUCGACGAGGAUCUGGCGGUCUGUUUCGCGAGCUCGGAGUCUUUUACCAAAUACAUCGUGGAGAGAGGCCUUCCCGUGCUGGAGUAUCACAGGGUUCAGUCGCGCGAUUCCGUGCACAAGAUUCUACAUCGCUCACCGUCAAAGUCUUAUCGGAUUUCGCGUGCCACGCCCACCGCUAAUGAUCGGGCUUUACUACUCCCGCGACGCACUUUGAGCAAUACCUAUGCUUGUGUCAGUGAGAUCCAGAUCACGCAGGAGAGACCGUGGAUCCUGCAACAGCAGUCGAGGCUGGGAGAGGUAUUUGCCGAUCUUCUCAUCGUUCGCGGACAGAUUCAAGCGAUCAAAGUCCGGUUAUCAGAUGCCGAUGCCUCGUGGGGAACUUCACGCUUGGACCAGGCUCUGAGUGCCGCUAUCCACACGCUGAUGCAGAGUCUGGCGGGCAAAUUGGGUGUUCGGUCGACUGGUCAUUUGACAGUUAGAUUGAUGAUCGAUGAAGAGUUUGAUGCGCAUUCUGUUCGACACACCAUCUACAUUGCUGGAUGUACUUCUGGUGCAAGGGUCAUUGAAAACCUGUUACAUGAUGUUCCAUGUCCCAUUGCCGGCUAUCUUUCUGUGUUUCCCUCGAACCCUGUCGAGACAGCCGACAUCACAGCAACGAUGUGUUCGGCACCGAGAAAAUCGUUUGCACGACCGGCUAUUCUUCCCGCUGCAUUUCUGCAAUUUUCGUUCCUGCAUUUUGUACUCACUCUGCUGGAAGUCGUGGAAUCGGAGUUGGUGCGCCUAUUGUUCUGGAAAGACCCACUGUUCUCGCUCCUUGAUCCCCUGCCUUGGUGGUGGGAAGUUCAUAUUUACCGCCCUUUGCGGGAGGUUUGGAUUUUGGUGAAGCAGACGCGGGAGGCUGGGCUGAAGGGAUGA